GAGAGGGGGAGAGGAGAGAAGUGUGGUUGCAUUCCUGGAGAGAGAUCCCUGCCCCUUCCUCCUUCUUCCUCCUAGUUCCUCUCUUCCCUCCUGGUCUCCCAGCCGGCGGCGGCAGAGAGGGAUUUCGAACCCGGGCUGCAGAUGCGAAGAGCAGGGCUGCAUGGUUAAAGCGUAGAGAAGUUGUGGCAAAGGCGGCUGGAGCAACCUUUAGCGCACUCGAGAGAGUUUGGAGUUUGCAUUUGGACGCACCGUGCGGUCAAAUCCAAUCAGAGAAAAGUUUACUUUUCUGGUUACAUCCGUGGUCAUGGGCUCCCAGCGGACACUCAGGGCCGGCCGGACGGGGCUGCUCCUGGCGGGGCUGCUCGUGGCUGUGUGGCAGCUUUGCGCCGCAAAUUGCCCGGAGAAAGAGUUGGAGGACAGAGAAGAGGAAGCCAACAUAGUUCUAACCGGUACCGUGGACGAGAUAAUUAACAAGGACCCGGUGCAUAACAACUAUUCCUGCAAGGUCAGAGUUUGGCGUUACUUGAAAGGGAAGUCCAGCGUGAACCGUGAAAUUCUCCUGGAUGGCGGCAACAAGGUGAUGAUCGGCGGCUUCGGCAACCCCGGGAUCUGUGACAAUCAGGUGUCCGUGGGCGACACUCGCAUAUUCUUCCUCAACCCUGCCCCUGACUACAUGAGGCCCGAACACAGGAACGAACUUAUGCUCAACUCAAGUCUGAUGAGGAUUACCCUGCGUAACCUGGAGGCUGUGGAGCACUGUGUGGAAGACAACCCACUUCACUUCGCACCGACUGUUGAUGGCUGCAGAGGGAUGCUGUGUGGCUUUGGCGCCGUUUGCGAGCGCAACCCAAAUGACCCGUCCAAGGGUGAGUGUGUUUGCAAGAAGGUGGACUGCCCGUCCUUUGUGGCGCCUGUGUGCGGCUCAGAUUCGUCCACCUACACCAAUGAAUGCGAGCUGGAGAAAGCCCAGUGCAACGCACAGCGACGCAUCAAGGUGCUGAGCAAGGGAGCCUGCUCUCUGAAGGAUCCCUGUACCGAGGUGGCCUGCAGCUACGGCAGCACCUGUGUCCAGUCUUCAGACGGCUUGUCGGCAAAGUGCAUGUGCCCCCUCGGCUGCGAGGGCAAGCCCAAGCAAGUAGUGUGUGGUAGUGAUGGAAAGGACUAUGUGAAUGAGUGCGAGCUCCAUCAACAUGCCUGCAAGAACAAGAAGAACAUUCGUGUGCAGUACCAAGGACACUGCGAUCCGUGCAAAAACGUUUUGAACUGCCGCGUGGAGCCUCUCACCCGCCAGCCACUGAAAUUUGUGCCACUCGAGUUGUGCCCCCUAAGCGAUGAGCCUCUGUGUGCCAGUGAUGGCCGGACGUACCCCAGUGAGUGCGCUAUGAGGGCGACGGGCAUCCAGAAAGGCGUCACGCUCAGAAAGAUCCAUGCAGGACAGUGCACAACGCUGGACGGAUGCAAGGACUGUCCCUUCUAUGGUGUGUGUCUGGUGGAACAGCUGAGUGCCCGCUGCUCUUGUGAUCCCAUCGAGUGUGACGGCACCUACAAGCCUCUGUGUGGGAAGGAUGGUAACACAUACACCAAUGACUGUAUGCGACGCAAGGCGGAGUGCCUGAGCAAGACCCCCAUCGCCACCAAGCACCUAGGACCCUGUGAUCUCAACAUACCGAGCCCGUGCUUGCAUGUAGCGUGCAGUCACGGGGCAGAGUGUGUGGUCAAGAACAACGAAGCGGUGUGCGAGUGUUCCGAAGCCUGCCCGCAAACGUCCGACCCCGUGUGCGGAUCCGACGGCCAGACCUACGGCAGCCCCUGCGAGAUGCGAUUGAUGGGUUGUGCGCUGCAGAAGGAAAUCAGCAUCCAACACAAAGGACCCUGCGAUGAGGCCUGUGCCAACUGCUCUUUUGGGGCAAUCUGCGAUGCCCAGAGCAAGCAGUGUGUGUGUCCGUCAGAGUGUGUCAAGUCCCACCAGCCUGUGUGCGGCAGCGAUGGUACCACCUACAACAGCGAGUGUGAGCUGCAUGUGCGGGCCUGCAAACAACAGAUGGACCUCCGAGUGGUCGGCCAAGGAGAGUGCAAAACAUGUGGCAACACUGUUUGUGCCAUGGGUGCCCGGUGCGUCCAGAAUAGGUGUGAGUGCCCGCCGUGCUCAGGCGAGCCCUACUCCCCAGUGUGUGGAAGUGAUGGCACCACCUACGACAAUGAGUGUGAACUUCGCAGACAUUCCUGCACGCAGAUGACGAGAAUUGACGUGGCGAGGCUCGGCAGCUGCGACGAAGACUGCGGCUCGGGCGGGUCUGGAUCGGGUCAGGAGAGCUGUGAACAGGACCGCUGUCUCGUAUUUGGAGGCACGUGGUACGAAGACGCAGAAGACGAAAGCGAUCGAUGCCUUUGUGAAUACAGCUGCACGAGUGUGCCUCACAGCCUGGUUUGUGGUUCCGAUGGGAAAAACUACAGCAACGAGUGCGAGCUGAAGAAGGCCAGAUGUGAGAAACGAGAGCACUUGUUGAUUCAAAAUCAGGGACCCUGUGCAGCCGUAUCUCUGCCGGACCCGACGGUAUCCGAGCACUGCAGCGUGUCAGUGUACGGCUGCUGCUCAGACAAUGUGACGGCCGCCUUAGGAGUUGGACAGGCUGGAUGUCCCGCUACCUGUCAGUGUAAUAUCUACGGCUCCUACAAGGGGACGUGCGAUCCAACCACCGGGCAGUGCUCCUGUAAGCCGGGUGUCGGAGGGCAGAAGUGUGACCGCUGUGAGCCGGGCUUCUGGAAUUUCCGCGGCAUCGUGACAGAGAACAUGAGCGGCUGCACUCCAUGCAACUGCGACGCUACGGGCUCAGUCCGGGAUGAUUGUGAGCAGAUGUCGGGUCUGUGCUCUUGCAAGACGGGAGUGAAGGGCAUGAAGUGCAACGUGUGCCCAGAUGGGAGCAAGAUGGGCAUGAAUGGCUGUGACAAAGGUCCUGAAGCCCCAACUUCCUGUGAAGAGUUACAAUGUAACUAUGGAGCCACUUGCAUUAAGGUGAAUGGCCAGGCCCACUGUGAGUGCCCCUCACCUGACUGCGAUUUGAAAAACAAAACCAAGGUGUGCGGCUCAGAUGGGGUGACCUAUGCCGACCAGUGCCAGCUGAGGACCAUAGCCUGUAGACAGGACAAGGACAUCACAGUGCAGCACUUUGGACAGUGCACAGAAACCAUCUCUGAGCCAGCAGAUCGACCCACCCCAAACCCCCCCGCCACCACCCCAAGCGCAACCGUUGCCGCCGCCACCACCAUCACCACCGUCGCACCCUUCCAUCCUAACAUGGUCCACGGCGUCCCGCCUCCAUGGAUCGAAACCCUCGAGCAACCUGCGACCACCACCCCCUUUCCAUCCCCUACCCAAAAAAGUGCGCAAGCAACCAGCCACCACUCCACCCACAUCCAGCCGCAAGCGCCGCAGCCCAGCCCAACCGCUGCCGCCUCCACAUCCUCUCGCAGCGGUCCAAUUCCCUCGGCCGCCGCAGUCUCCUUCGAGGGCUCGGGUAGCGGGGAUCCAAGCGGGGACGAAGCGACUGAAGAAGAGAGCAGCGGCGUCCCAACGGAGGCCAGUGGGGCCGAGGAGACUGUCGGUCCCACAAUGGCGAGCACCACUUUACCCACACUUGAGGACAGGUCGUCCUGCGACAACACAGAGUUCGGCUGCUGCCCUGAUGGCAAGACACCAUCCAGUACUCCAGAGGGCGCCAACUGCCCCUCCACCAUGAGGUUCAGCGGUUCCCUGCACCUGGACCAGGUGGAUGGCCAGGACCUGAUCUACACACCUGAGAUGGAGGACCCCAAGUCCGAGCUAUUUGGAGAGACAGCCCGCAGCAUAGAGGGCGCUCUCAAUGAGUUGUUCAGGAAGUCGGCGGUGCACAAAGACUUUAUGAGCGUUCGUGUCCGUAACCUGGCGCCCAGCAACUCCAUCCUGGCCUAUGUCGAGGCUCACUUCAAACCAGAUACAAGAUUCACCGUGGAGGACAUCGUAGGAGCCCUGCUGAAACAGUUAAAGGCCUCCAAAGACACCAGCAUCUCUGUGAAGAAGCCGGAGGAUGAGAAUAUUCGCUUCACCAAUUAUGGCCUGUCCUCCAUCUCCAUCUUCACCACCACUACCACUACCACCACAGCGUCGGUCACCACAGCUGCUCCCAUUACCUCGACCAGGCCUCCUACAACUUCCCCUUACAUCACCCGUCGACCGACAGCCACCACCCGCAGGCCCUUCAGCGGCAGACAUAAAUUGGUGCUGGUUACCUCGCCUCUAACCACUACUGCCCUGCCUCCAGCCACUACCGUUGCCCGCUUCACAACCAGGCCUUACCACAAGGUGCUGCAGAAGCCCUGCGACUCCCACCCCUGCCUCCACGGAGGCACGUGCGAGGAAAACGGCAGCGAAUUCAACUGCAAGUGUCCCGCGGGCCGCGGAGGGACUGUGUGCGAGAAGGUGAUCAAGUACUACAUCCCGUCAUUUGGAGGCCAGUCCUACUUGGCCUUCCCAACCAUGAGCGCGUACCACACUGUCCGCAUCGCCAUGGAGUUCAGAGCCUCUGAGAUGGACGGCAUCCUGCUCUACAACGGCCAGGAUCGCAAGAAGGACUUCAUCUCUCUUGCUCUGGUCAACGGCAGGGUGGAGCUCAGGUUCAACACAGGUUCGGGCACAGGCACGGCCCUCAGCAAAGUUCAAAUCAGUCAAGGCCGCUGGCAUCAGCUGGUGGUGACUCGCAACCGCCGAAACGCCAUGCUCAGCGUGGACAGCGAGCCACACAUCGAGGGCGAGAGCCCACGGGGCACAGAUGGCCUCAACCUCGACACCAACCUGUUCAUCGGAGGAGUGCCUGAGGACAUCAAGCAAGAUGUAAAGGAGAGGACAGGGUUGGCAGUCGGUCUGGUGGGCUGCAUCCGCAUGUUAGAUGUCAACAACCGGAACCUCAACCUGCAGGAGAACGGGGGCGAAAGUCUGUACGGCAGCGGGGUGGGUGAAUGCGGCAACAACCCCUGCCUGCCAAAUCCCUGCAAGAAUGGCGGUGCUUGCCAGGUGAAGGAGGCCGAGAUGUUCCACUGCAAGUGCAGCAAAGGAUUCUGGGGUCUAACGUGUGCCGACGUCCACGACCCGUGCAGCCCCACCAGGUGCCAUCCGUCUUCCCAGUGCCAGGCACAGCCCGAGGGAGGCUACAAAUGCGAGUGCCCCAUGGGACGUGAAGGAAGACACUGCGAGAACGUGGUUGAGAGGCAAGGGGCUUACAUGCCACUGUUCAACGGAGACUCUUACCUGGAGCUGAAGGGGCUACAUCUGUACGGGCACGAUCUGCGUCAAAAGGUUAGCAUGACAGUGGUUUUCAUGGCCAACGACUCCAAUGGUUUGAUCUUUUACAACGGCCAAAAGUCGGAUGGAAGAGGAGACUUCAUCUCACUGUCCUUGAGCGGUGGAUUCCUGGAGUUUCGCUACGACCUGGGGAAGGGACCUGCCACCAUAAGGAGUAAAGAACGGAUCCAGCUGAAUGUGUGGAACACCAUCAACCUGGAGCGCUCCAACCGCAAAGGAGAGAUCAUGGUGAACAAGAAGGGUGCUGUCCGAGGAGAGGCACCAAAAUCACGCAAGAACCAGCACGUAGAUCUUAACCUGAAAGAGUCUCUUUUUGUUGGUGGAGCUCCCGAUUACAGCCGACUAGCAAGAGCCGCUGCACUUACGGAAGGCUUCAAGGGAACAGUCCAGCAGAUCACUCUGAUGGGUACGCCCAUCCUCAGGGAGGAGAAUGCCUUGCGCUCCAGCAGCGUAGCCAUGUUCCAGAAUCACCCCUGCUCCAGGGAACCCUGUCACAACGGUGGCCGCUGCAAACCUCAGCUGGACACUUACAACUGCGAAUGCCUCAGCGGCUUCUCAGGGCAGCACUGCCAGAACACCAUCCACGAGAAGUCUGCUGGCGAGACCGAGGCCAUCGCCUUUGACGGACGGACGUUCAUCGAGUACCACAACGCUGUUACCAGGAGCCAACUGACCAAUGAGAUCCCAGAUCCCGAGUCUCUGGAGAACCCAUCCGACCAGAGCGAGAAGGCUCUGCUGGUGAACAAAUUUGAACUAAGCAUCCGAACUGACACGACCCAGGGUCUGGUGCUGUGGAGCGGAAAGGGCGUGGAGCGCUCAGACUACAUUGCCCUAGCAAUUGUAGAUGGACAUGUCCAAAUGACCUAUGACCUGGGCUCCAAACCCGUGGUGCUGCGCUCUACUGUGCGUGUUGACACCAACAGCUGGAUACGCAUCAAGGCCAGCAGAGCACUUCGAGACGGCUCUCUACAGGUUGGCAACGAGGCACCGGUGACAGGGUCAUCACCUCUGGCAUCAACACAGCUGGACACAGAUGGAGCACUCUGGCUGGGUGGUCUGGAGGAGCUGCCGGUUGCCCGCCGGUUGCCUAAGGCCUACAGCACGGGUUUCGUUGGCUGCAUCAAGGACGUGGUGGUGGACGGGGUGGAUCUCCACCUGGUGGAGGACGCCUUAAACAGCCCCAGAAUAUUACACUGUUCCGCCGCCAAAUAACUCCAGCAAAGACAGAAAUAUCGCAAGCAAUGAAAAAGAAAAAGAAACCCUCCCACCCGCACCCUCUAUAGCGCCCAUGUCUCCUGCUGUAAUUAUUUUCUAUUUUUGUAUACUUCUCAUCGCUUUUUAUAUGGAAAGAAAAUGAAUAUGUUGUUUUCAUUUUUGUUUUAUAUAUUUUGCUCUUAUCCGCACCUCCGUUCACAGUAAAAAAUUCCUUUUCUUUCAAGGCCCUUCAUUUUUUUUUCCCAAAAAGAAGGCACCUCGGUGAAAACAACAGAUAUUAAAUCCAUGUCACAUUUGAUGUUUUUAAAGAAUCUUUAAAAAAAACCCAGCCCUACCAGUUUUUUGUUUUUUAUUAUUUUUUAUUCUCAUCCUUUACUUGAACACGGUGGACCCUGCUGAUGAUCUCCGGUUACUGCCUUGUCUCGGUGCCAUAUCUGCCGUUCCACAUUCCCCAAGCAUGGCCUAUACAUCUUUGAUAGACACACAUUCCCUCACGAGAGAUGGAUGCUGUAGCCGGUGCGUGCGUUUCUUCGAUGCUGCAGCCAGCUGCCGACUACAGUCAAGAAACUCUGUAUUCAGCCCUGGUAUUCAGUCCACUGUAUUUUCCUAAUGGGACUUUUCAGAAAUCAGUCAAGCUGCUACAGUGAGAAAGUACACAGUCAUAAGCACUCGAUCAACCCCAUCUCACAGCACCCUGAAAAGAGGGGAAAAAAAGAAAAGAAAAAACUCUCCACUCGAUCUGAAUCCCAUCCAAGCCUUUAGUUUUGAAAUAUGACUCACUAACACCGCAACCCGAUGUGACGGAGAGAGAGCGCUGCGUGCAACAAUGACUUGCAUAUUAUUAGUCAUAAGUCAAGACAUGAAUCACAGACAUGGAUAGAUGUUAUAAAUAUAGAGUAUAUAAAUAAUACCUGAGACUGUGAAUAUGUAAGAUGGGUUCUCGUUGGAGAAAUUGUGCUUCUCCUGUACUAUUGUGCGUUCUGUUCUACAAUCAGCAGAUGAACUAAUGAUGACCACUAUAAAUGCAUGCACUUCUGCAGUGUUGGUUUGAAAAAUCUGGGGUUUUUGUUUGUUUGUUUGAGUCCAAGAAAAAGAAUCUAUUUUGAAUAACUGGGAGGGGGGCGUUUUUUGUUCUUGUUUUAAACGAAUCGAGGUUCCUUUUUCUUCUUUUAUUUUCACUUCUCAGUGAUUUCAGAAAGUACAGGCUUCACAGACAUCUUUAAAGUCUGGUCAUUCCUCAUUUUUUUGUUUUUUGUUUUGUUUGUGAUAGAUAUAUAUUUCUGUAUUAUUCUCGGGAGCAGUUAGUUUUUGCAGGGCCUUUAAUGGCGUCUAAGGGAAGAGUUAUUACCAUAUCUGACCUUAAGGAGGUGCUGAAAGCAAAGACUGAAGAAAAGGACAGACAGAAAGGAGGCAAAGGGAGAUCUUAUCACGAGAGCCACUUCUCUUGGGAAUGUCCUGUCAAACAGCAGUCAGUCAACACAAAGAGAAAAAAAUCUUCACAGAAAAAGAGAAAAAAAAAACUCUACC